GCCCAGCCUUCCCAGCCACAGGUUGUCCUGGAAACAGGAAGUGCAGGACAAUUUUGUUCACCGCCUCCUGUGGAGUCCAUGAUAAGGUGCAGCAAGCGUGGGCCGCCUAGGUGCCCAGUGGGCCCUAUGACUGACUACACCAGCCAUGAGCAGCAGGAGCAAAUAGGCCCGAGCCAAAUGCAGUUUCAUCACCCCCCUGUAAGCAACGUCCAGCCACAUCAGCCCCAGCAAGGUUUGAGCCCUAGCCAGCCGCAGACUGGCUUGGAUAUGGGAAAUGCAAAUUCUAGCAGCAUCAGGAGGACUCGUGGUCGUGGCCCAACUCGGUGCCUCGAUGUGUGGAAUAUGGAAGGUAAGAUAUCUGUUAGCGUCAAUGAGCUGGGGCAGCCCAUUGGCCUUGAGGCACCCAAACUCACCAACUUUCUCGGUACCAUAGCACGAAAUGGGCACAUGGCACCCCUUAAUUACGUUGAGUGGCGGGCAUUACCAGAUGAGAUCAAGGAGAAGAUGUGGCAACAAGUUCAGUCAAAAUUUGAGAUUGACCCAAAAAGUAAAAGUUGGGUCUUGAAGUCCAUCGGCAAAAAAUGGAAGGACUGGAAAGCUGAGUUGAAGGCUAAUCGUUAUAAUACUCAUAAGACUGACGAGGAGCGGCUAGCAGACUGUGAUGAGAGGGUCAUUCGAGAUCAGUGGCGGAUCCUCAUUUCAUUUUGGAACUCAAAAGAGGCAAAGGAACGCAGUGUUACAAAUAAGGCCAGUCGCGCACAACAGAAGAUAACCCACACUACAGGCAGAAAGAGCUUUGCACAAGUGCGCGAAGAACAGCGUGUGAAGAGGCCUGAUAAGAAGGAGCCAUCCCGGGCAGAGCUAUUCAUAUUGACUCGUACACGGAAAGAUGGGCAACCUGUAAAUAAGGAAUCUUCAGUGUUAAUUUCGCAACUUCGUGAACGGGCAGCUCAACAGAAGGAGACCUCACAAAAUGGUACUGUUGAAGAUGACAUCUUAUCUCAAGUAAUGGGACAAGAUAGACAUGGCCGUGUUCGCACUUAUGGGUUGGGCCCUGCCCCUUCUGAUCUCUCGGGCCCAAAACCUAGUCGUGCUGAAGCUGUGAAAAUGGUCUCUACGGCUAAUGCGGAGGUACAUGAUAUGAAAGAGAAAAUGGUUUCCAUGGAGCAGACGUGUGCACAGAUGGCAUCCCAAAUGUCCAGUAUGAUGUCAAUGAUGUUGAACAUGCAGAAGAAGUUCCCUGAUGAGCAAGGUUCACCAUCCGAGCUAUUGCAUGCUGGACAGGUUGCGGACGUCUCCAACAAUUCUAGAGAAUCGCCACAGCUGCAAGCUCAUCCGCCAUCACUUGUCCAGGGUGUUCCAUCUCAUCAGGGACGCGCUGUGAAGAGAGGAAAGACACAAAACGCAAAACGCACAGUGAAGAGAGGAAAGAUACAGAAUGCAAGUAUCAGCAGCAAGGUUUUGCGCAAAAAGAAUUGAUGUUCAGUUAAUUCCUCCUUUUUUGUGAAUGUGACAUUUGUUGAAUGCAUUAUCGUGCGAGUACUGACCUUUUGUGCCUUUCUUAGAUAUAUAAAACUCCAUUUCACUAAGGUUAAUUGCUAUUGAAAAAACAUAAAUUAUGGUCUUUUUUUGCUCGAAUUUAAAUUUCUGGUUGUGGAUGCCCACUGUGAACAUGAGACAGUAUACAUUAACUCCUUGUACCUAUGAAUUUGAUUGUUGUUUAACUGUCUUGGAGCUUUGUCCUUUUGA